AUGUUUGUUGAGGGUUGCCUUUUCUUUCUUUGGCAGCCCUUGUUUGAGUACUACUGGGCACACCCUCCCGAGCGGAUGGAGUUUUGGAUUGCCAAGAUGCCCAUCUUGAUGGGAACCACCAUUUUUGGAGCUGGGAUCUACAUGGGCUAUGUUGAGCUGAUCAACAUGGACACUGACACCAGCUUAACCCGCCCCAACUUCUUCUGGUGCGAUUGGAAGGGGCUCUACCGGCUUCUCCAACAGCGAGAGGAAGGCGAGAGCGACCGGGGCGACGCCGAGUCGGACAGCGACUCGAGCCCGGACCCCAGGUCGCAUGGACGGCGGGCGCCGUGGGGUCUGAGGGAACUGGGUGGGCGAACCUGCGUUCCAGGCUCCAGCGAGGUCUACUGGUACCAGCCCUUGUCGUCGAUCGCCGGAUGGCUGAUCUAUGUGGCUGGGGCAAUCCUCUACCAAGUGGCCAAUGUGGCAGACAUGUUCGACUUGGAAGAGGACCAGCAUGACUAUUUGGUGGGGUGGCCUUUGGUCUUUGGAGGCUUGAGCUUCUUCCUGGGCGGAUGCUGCGAGCUCAUCCACAACCGAUGCUGGGCGACAGCUCCCAACACCUUUGUUUGGUGGUCCUCAGUUUGCAACUUUGUGGGCGGCAUUGGCUUUUGGUUCUGCGCAUGCCCUGGCAUCUUCACAGGCUAUACCACCUUGAUUGGUGUCCAAGGCACUGUUCUCUAUUUGAUCGGAGCAAUCUUGGGCUUAUGCAUGUGGCGAACUGAGCAGUUUGGCCUCAGCUUGAUCUCCAACCUAAAUAGAGUCCAUCGGGUCGGUGGGACGCAGAUCGCCGUGCGCACGGAGAAGACCACCGGCGUAAGCCAAGUGGUUCCCAUCAGCAGAGCAGCCAGUUCACCCAACCAGGCUUUCAAGCUGGAUGAUGUGGACAAUGUUCUGGAAGAUAAGUGCACCUUGUGGGGUUCCUCCUCGCUGCUGGGUGUGCUGACGGUUCCAGCUGCUCCCUGGGAGUAUGAAUCAACAUCACGAACGUUGAGGAGGCACUUGAUAAGUCAAGAGAUGACCAGCAUCGCCCAUGCGAUAGGUGCGGUUUCACGGGCAGCUGACAGUAAAUAA